AUGGCGGCAACAGCGGCGUCGUCGUCGAACACUCCCAAGCGCACCAAGUCGCUCUUCGUCGACGUCCAGGGCGUGCUCGCGCCGUGGAACAUUGACGUGAGCAACGUGCUGUACGCCAUAAUGUACCGGCCUUACCCCGGCGACGUCUUCAUCACCUCGUACCCGUGCUCGGGCGGCACUUGGCUCAGCACGCUGCUGUACGCGCUCACGCACGCCGGCAAACACCCGGUCGACUACACGGCGCUCUCGCGGGACGUGCUCUUUCUCGAACGCAUGGGCCGCAAAGUGGAGGAUGUGGCCCCACCUCGCAGGCUGAAGACCCAUCUGCCGGCGAAGAAGCUGCGGCUCAGUCAGGCGGCCAAGUAUGUGUACCUGGUGCGUGACUACCGCGCCUGCUGCGUGUCACUGUACGAGCAGAUGUCGGCGAGAGCGCCUGAAUACCGAUUCUCGGGCGUCAGCUUCGAGGACUUCUUCGAGCGCUUCAUCGCCGGGAAAGUGGAGGACAACGACUACUUUGACCACGUCAGCUCCUGGUGGGAUCACCGCAACAGCCCCAACUACUACUUCAUGUCGCUCGAGAACCUCAAGAAGAACUUCGAACAAGUUGUGAGAGACCUCGGCGAAUUCCUAGGCGGCCCCGCCGAGCGAUUGGUGCGCGACGACCAACGGCUGAAAGAAUUGCGCCAGCUGCUCAUCUACGACUGCUCGCUCACGACAAAGUCCAAUGAUACCUCGCCGCCACCCAAUUACCUCCGCGACGGCCAGUGCUACAUCAACUGCGUGAACUGCAGCAACCGCUGGAAGGACAUACUCAGCGAAGAGCAGGCUGCGACGCUCACGCAGCGCUUCGUCGAGCGUACCAAGGGACAACCCCUAAAAGACCUCCUGGGCACGCUAGAAGAACCCAUCGAAGCGCAGAACGUGGCCGCCAACAGCGACGAAGCCAUACGUGUUGAUAGUUAA